AUGAGAAAGCAACUACAGAUGUUGAUGACUCCACAUGGGAUGCUUUUGAUAUUUCAUCUUCAGAAGAUGAAUAUGAAAUACCUUCGUCUGAUGAUGAUGAUAGCAUUUUUGGUGAUCCUCGUAUCUGAGUCCGAUAAUAUGGACAUCGAUGAUGAAGACAGCAUAAGAGAGACAGAUGAUGAACCCACUUCUGAAAAUACGAGUGAUGUUGUUGUAAUCGAAACAAGUGAGCUUACCUACUAUGGGGAUUCUGAUUUGGAAGACUUUGCUUAUGAAGAGGAUAUUCCUGAGCAGUCGAAAUCAUUAGAAGGGGGGGGGGGGUUCACAGCUGUGACAGGAAGUUCCCAGUUGGACCAUACUAAGCAGGAAGAUAAUAAGGAUCCAUAUGAUAUUGAUGCUGAAAUGAGCAGACAGCGAAAGUAUGAGGCUGUAAGGGCCAUGAUCUUUGUUUCCGAAGAGGCUGCCUAUUAUUUCUACAACAAGUAUGCCAAAGAACAUGGUUUUAGCAUUCGACGCGAGAAGAAAAAGGAACGCCUUGAUGAAUUAGGGACACCCACCAUUCGUGUGUCGUAUAACAGGAAAAAGGGUGUUUGGACUGUUCUGAGAUUUGACGACAAUCACAACCAUAAGCCUGCUACAGCUGAUCAAAUCGCUUUUAUGAGGUCUCAUAGAAAGAUCAAGGCUCAUCAGAAAUCUAGGAUCAUGUCACUGGGAGCUGCUGGGAUGAGAUUAUUCAACAUUAUGAGGACAUUUAUCAGUGACAAUGGAAAAUACAGCAUGGUAGGAUUUGUAAGAAAGGAUCUUUACAACAUGUCUUGCCGUGAAAAGAGGAAGAUGGUUGCAAAGGGUGACGCCAACACAACCAUUGGCAUUAUGGAGAAGAGGAAGCGAGAUGAUCCUGAAUUCUAUUUUGAUUACAAGCUUGGUAAAGGUGGAAAAUUGUUACACCUGUUCUGGUGUGAUUCUCAGUCUCGGCAGGACUAUGCCGACUCCGGUGACGUGCUGGUGUUUGACAAACACGUACAAAACAAAUCGCCAUGUAUCGCCAGAAGCCUCAAAGGGAUCAUCACUGAUGGGGACGCUGCAAUGAUCGCCGCUGUUGGUAAAGUCUUUCCAGGCGUGUGGUACCGUGUUUGUACGUGGCAUAUUGAGAAGAACAUGAAGAAGCACAUUGACUCCCUGGCUCACAAUGAAUUCCGGUCGCUGCUGUACUACACCACUUCAGAACAAGUAUUCGAGGAGAGAUGGAGGGCAUUCGUCGAGAAGCACCAGACGGAAUUAACCAAAGAAUGGAUGAAGAGGAUGUAUAGGAGGAAGAAGUUGUGGUCAGCCGCGUAUCUAGCGAAUGGAUAUUUCCUCGGAAUGAAAAGCAACCAGAGGAGCGAGAGUUUGAACUCCACCCUACACACCCACCUUGACUUUGGACUGACAAUGGUGGAUAUGGUUGUGCACUACGAGAAUAACAGUAGCCGUGUCCGGGAGGAAGAGGCCCGCCAGGACACCAUAGACUCUCAGACAGUACCGGUUGCGGUUACUGUGUACAAGGAUAUAGAGAUGUCUGCUGCCCGUAAAUUCACUGCUACAAACUUCUACCUCGUUCAAGGGGAGCUGAAAAAGAUUGGGGGCCUAGAGAUUGUAGAUCAACUUGGAUGUGCUGGUGGGUUAACAACCUUCGUUGUGUCAUGGAUGAAUAACCGUAAGUAUUUGUUUUCAGUGGAGUACAGACCUGAAAGCAAAGAGGAAACAAUAACGUGCAACUGCCGAAGGAUGUAUCGGAAAGGGCUACCUUGCAAGCACAUCUUGUUUGUUUUGCAUUUUGUGGGGUGCUCUGAAAUUCCGAACUGUUGUGUUCUCCGAAGGUUCUCGAAGGAUGCAAGGUAUGGUUUGCCCUCGAGACGCGAGAGUGAUUUGUACGGAUGGGGAUGGGAAGGGGUAGCUGAGCGGAGAAAGCAUAGCGAGCUUACCCAAAUUGGAGCAGAAGCUUUUGAUGCAGCAUUGCAUGACCCAGAAUCUUACAGCGAGCUUAUGAAAUGUAUGAAAGGCAUAAUACACAGGAGAAAAGGUGACCGAACAGCUCGUUCAACGGCUUACCAUGAGGACGCACAAAACAGAGGAGAUGCACCAGUAGUGGGUGAUCCUGAUAAAGCUGAGACCAAAGGAGCACCUAAACAAAACAAGAAGUACUAUAAGGACAAGGAUACGAAUCAACAGACGUCAAAACAUGGCAGGAUACUGUCACACGACGAGCGGAAGAAGGAGAGGUUGUGCACUGCUUGCAAUCAACCAGGUCAUAACAGAAACAACAAGAUGAAGUGCAGGCUACAUAAGGAGUGA